UUUUUCUUUGUGGAUUCUUUUGGUGAAAAAAACUAUUUUACAGCCAUUUGAGAGAAUUUUCCUAAUUUUAAUUUAGUUCACAAAUAAUUUCUAGUUACACAUAUUUGUUUACAUGAAUUUUGAUGAGACUUAAAGUGAAUACAUGCAGGUGGUUUUUAUGUUUGAAAUUAUAAUUAAGUAUUCAUAAAACUUUCCUUAAAAAGUUUAAUUCCAUUUGAAAAUUAAUAAAUAGCUUUUUCCUAUUCUUAGUUUCCAAAAACUAAAGUUUUCUAAAAAAAUAAUUAAAACCUUUAUUUUUAAGAUAAUAGUAACUUAUAAGGCAACAAACUGCUCAAAAAUACUAAGAAAAAUAUAUAAUGGAAGCUAAUUCGGAAUAAGAAAGCGAUUCCAGAUACUAAUUUCGUAUAAAACUAUAAAACAAAUCAAAUAUAGGAAAAUAUUAUGUGGGAGAUCAAUCUAUUUGGAAAAGGAAAAUAAGAUGUUUCGGAUAGAGAUACUUGACUAGUCGGCUCAUCCUUGUUUUAUAAGUACACUCUCAGUGCUUUGUUUGAAACCAAAAGAUAAAUUAUCAUUAGUGCUUUGUUUCUUGCAGUGCACUCUUCUUCGUUUUGCUUUCGACAUAGGAUUUCUGGGGAGGGGAUCUUAGGGAUUCGUUUACGCUGCAGUAAAACAUCAAAGCUACCAAGGUACGUUAAGACUUUCAGUGCAUUAAUUCUUGCGCACAUCCAGUUGUUUUUGGCGUAUGCAUUAGUUUGAUUCUUUUGAAACUGUCUUUCUAGGGUUUUGUUGUGAAGCAUCUUCUAAUUGAUUCAGAAAGAUUUAAUAUGGCUCAUCCAAGGGACUUAAAGUUCUCUCCGAUUGACCAGAAUUUGGUGGGGUAUUAUCUACGCAACAGAGUUGAUACAGGAAAAGAUGGUUUCAUCACAGAUAUCAAACUUUAUGAAGACGAGCCGUGGCUUCUUCCGCACGUCAAGAAUGAUCAGUUCAAAGAGAACAUGUGGUUUUACUUUGUUGUUAGGACACGUAAUUUGGGGAGCAGGCCCAAACGCACGGUUCCCGGUAGAGGAAGCAGUAACGGCGGAACUUGGAGGACAAGUGGCGUAAAGAAGGCGAUCACUGACCGUAACAACCCGAAGGUUGUGAUCGGAUACAAAACAGAACUCGCGUACCACAAGAAAGUCAAGGGAAAGCCUAAAGGAGACACCACUGGUUGGUGUAUGACGGAGUAUUGGCUUGCAAGUGAGAACGAUGCUCAGUUCCAAGAAGUAGUCUUGUGUCAUCUCCGUGACAAUAACAAGAUUGUCGUUGACCAGUCCCCAGAGAGAAAAAACGGAGACAAUGGCAUCGUCCCAGAGCAGCCACAACAAGAGAACAGCGAUGACAACAACAAUAUGUUUGACAACAAUAGACUCCUUGAACAACGGCCACUGAUUCCUCCUUUUGAAGCUGAUGAUUCAAGAUUUUCAGUUCAAUACAUGACCCCUUCUGGUGAAGGACAGGGAUUGGGACUUCAAACCAUUAUGGCAUAUUCUGAUAAGGCCACUCAAGAACAACAACAUCCACCGAUUUCUCUUCCUCCUCAACGUCAAGAUUCCGGAAGGAUAAACAACGCACUUGUAAUCAUGGAAGAUGAGUGUGUUAACCAAGAUGAAAUAUUCAAUCUAGCUGACCUGGAAGCCGGCAUCACUCAUCCACAACAACAACAUCGUCAGAUGAUGAUGGAUCCUUAUGAUGAUAUAUCUUUCUCAAGAUUGGCAAUGCCGAACAACCUGAUUUACUUUCAAGAUUCAUGGCAUCAAGAUACCUCUCCAUGGAACAACACCAUAACCACCAAUCCUCGUGGACUCAUAUUCAAUACUCAUGGAUAUGACAUCCAAGAUCAAACUGUCACCAAGGGAGUCAAUCAAGAUUCAUAUUAUUAGCCGGCAUAUUCUUCUGAUGCAACACAAGAGCAAAUAAAGUAGUCAAACAUAGGAAACAUGUAUAGUCCGUUGGAUUUUUAAAAGUUUGUAAAUGAUCUUUGUGUUUGAUUAAACCGAUCCAAACACCCUUUUAUUGAAAUCAAAAUUUUCUGGAGCACUCACCUGCUAAUGUGAUACCACCGAUAACGCCUAUGACUAAACUCCACGCAUGAGUUUAACAUUGGAAAAAAGUACAGUUCGUUUGUUUUAAUUACGCUUAAGUCACUACACAGUUCGGUUGCGAAAUUUGGAUUUUAAGUGAGACUUUAUCUUUUAUGUGCUUGAUUCUAAAGAAAGCAAGGCCUAAAGAGCUGAAAGAUACAGCUACGAGGCUGAUUUUUUAUUUUAUUUUUUUUGUCAGCAAUUUACUCAUAUAGACUCUGUAAACAAAAUGGCAGUUUCGCAUCCAUAUGGACAACAAACGACGGUUGCUUUCUUGCACUCUGUACUAGACUGUCCGCCCUUGAAUUUUGCGUCUGUGGUAUAUGAAUGAGCUCUAAACUGUUGAAACUUCUCUUCAAGAUCUUUAUGUCUUUCAAAUAACUUGCAAAGGCUGGCUAAUUUUUCUCGUUCCGAAACCAUCUUCACCAGCUAAGAACAAAAUGUAACAGUAAACUGUUUUAAAUUCCUCAUGCAUUCAAUUGCCGAAAUAAAACCCUUUAUCUCCGAGAAAAGUGGCGACUAAUGAUAUACAAUUAAUUUUACCCUUUUUAGCCAUGUAAGUGUUUUAGAAGUUUUUUAUUAUGUUUUAAAGUUUUUUUUAGAGUAUUUACAGGUUCAAGAGUGUUUUUGAGAUAGAUGGUGAUUUUGGGGCAUUUUAGAGCUAAAGAUAGAAGAAACUCGUAACUGUCCAACGAACCAGUCAAGAGUCGAUAUUCAGAGUCAACCGUCGAUCGGCGGACAGCUCUUGUCGUCGAUCGAUAGCAAAGCGCGCAAAGCCCAACUUGAUUCCUAGCCGACUUAUGGCCCAAGUUCCACAUUAUUUACAAGAAUACCUCUGGCCGACUUUAACCUAAUAUUUAUGUGUUCUACCAUUUUUUUGGGCCACACACGCUUUCAUACUAUAUACUUUAUACAACAAAUCAUAUUUAGGAUUUUUAGUAGUUUGGAGAGAACAUCCAAGACUCAUUCAGAAAUUUGCAUUCUCUGACAGCUCUUGCGGCCGAGGCUUUUAAAAUCUUUUGUAAUGAUCACAACGUUCUUACGCAGAUUCUAAAUAAAGAUCUACUCUUUCUAGUUUCCUUUUAUUUUCUUUAUUUAUUUUCCGUAUUUAUUUGGUCACUUGUCGUUGAUCCACGCCGAAUAUCGAGAUCCUCAAGGAAAAUCGAGAAUCUCUAUUUUCCUCUAUUCACUAAAACCGACAGUGCGAAUUUCGGUUCCCACAGUUUGGCCCUAGAAGGAGGGAGGGGAGGCAGAUUAUUUUAACUCAUGGCCGCAAAACGCUUGCUCGAAAAGAUGUCUAGAAAUAUAAAAGACAAACUCGCAGCUCGAACAACGCUGGUAAAAGAACUCCAGCAGUGACUACUCCUAUGGCCAACGCUUACGCUAACGCCGCAGUGCUUGAGAAAAUCAAAAAACCUAGUCCGGACUUUUCGCCACAAGAAGAGCAUCGAAACGAGCUCGCGAUUCUCUGUCUAAACAAAAAUGGCAACGAUAAAAUCUAUCAAACCCCGUAAAAUUCGUCUAAUUACCGAGUUGGAGAUAUCUCAACGCGUAAGGGUUUGAGCAAAAGACGUUUUCUGAAAUCUUUUAGAAAAAAACAAAACUUGCUCUCCUCGAAACCGCGGAGAAUCUCUAGAUUAUUCGCAGAAAUAGAAGCACGGCAAAUCGGGUUGCAGAUUCCCCACCGCUGUACUUCUUCCGAAUAACUUUCAAAGAAACAAAGCUGAUUUCUAUAGAAUCACUCGAAACUUAAAGUGGCUGAUGAAGACUAAACAAAGCAAAACAGAGAUCGCAUCCUUCACUGCUAAAACAUUUUCUGAAAUAUAAGAUUUUGUAAAAAUUCAAGCAUCACUUCUGUAGAAACAUGUUCUGCAAAUUCUUGAUAUUUUUCUGCUAAGCUUACUUCGGAAAAACUACUCAUAACUCCAUCGAAUCAAUCCUAAAGAAACGGGAAAAUUUCCGAGUAAAUUGGAUCGUGUUAAUUAAGCUCAUCGCAGCUAUAGUUCCUGAUAUAAAACUCAGGAAAUUAAAUUUGUGGAACAGCCACAAAACGUGAGUUUUCCAAAACACAGCUCUCGUACAGCCAAACUCGAAAACAUCUUUACGGAAAAACUUUCGUAAAAUUAUGCUCGAUGACAUUUAACAAACAAAUUUUGUAAAAUUAAACUCGGCGAUACUUUACGAAACAGAUUUCGUAAAAUUAAAAUUGAUAACGGUUUAUGUAAAAUGCUUCGUAAAAUUAAGCUCAACAACAUUUUACGAAAAAGCUUUUGUAAAAUUAAACACGAUAAAAUUUUGUGGAUUAACCUUCGUAAAAUUAAGCUCUACAACAUUUUACAAAAACAUCAUUCUUAAAGUUAAACAAGGCACUAUUUUACGAUUCUAAUGAAAACAGGGCCUAAAGAGCUGAAAGAUAAAGCUACGAGGCUGAUUAAUUUUUUUUUUUUUGUCAUAAAUUUAGUCAUGUAGACUUUGCAAAUCAAAAUGGUAGCUCCACAUCCAUAUGAAUAACAAAUGACGGUUGCUUUCUUGCACUAUGUGCUGCUAGACUGUCCGACCUUGAAUUAUGCAUCUGUGGUAUAUGAAUGAGCUCUGAGCUGUUGAAACUCUUUUUCAAGAUCUUUAUGUCUUCCAAAUAACUUGUAAAGGCUGGGUAUUCUUUGUGGUUAUGAAACCAUCUUCACCAAAUAAGAACAAUCCGUUGCAAAUGUAACAAUAAACUGCCUUAGAUUCCUCAUGCAUUUCAUUGCCCAAAUGAGAGCCUCUAUCUCCGAGUGAAGUAGCGACGAACACGCUCUUGUAAUCCUCGCUCCCAUUAAACCAUCAAAACCUUCCAGUGUGCUAUAGCACCCUUGUCCCGAAAAGAUUUCAUUUCCUGAUUUUUCCAUGAUCCAUCCGUAAAACACCAUCUACCAUGGAUAGACGGUAAUAUUUGUUUUACGGGUACUCGAGUGUGAUCGAAUCCAUGUGUUAGUCAAAUAUGCGCCUCAGCCCAAAGUAAUGAUUCUGUUUCUGUCAUUCUGAGAGUAUCUCUACGAUCAAUAUUUAAUUUGCUAAAUACCUUGUUGUUUCUUCCUUUCCAUAUGUACAAUAAUAUCUAUGCUAAUUGAUGAUCUUCCAAUUCCAGAGAGACUCCCCAAAAUAAAUGAUCCAUGUUUGCAAAGAGUGACUGAGUGGAAAAGAUAUCUAGAUCCGAUGAAAUUCGUGAGAGUGCCCAAACCUGAACCGCCGGUGGAAAUUCAAAAAACUUGAACGAGGCUGAUUAAUUUAUUUGGUUAAAUUGUUGAGUUUGAUUUCUGAUUAACUUUUAAGAAAAAUGUGUACUUCUCUGCCAUUGGAGAUCGAGGUAACACGAGUUCCAAGAGCGUUGUUUCAUCUUCUUCCUUAUCAAUCCGCAGAGAUAUCGGUUACAAAUUACCCCUCUUCAACUCCUUCUUAAAUCCAUACCCCAUGAUCUCUCUUGAAUGCGAUCUUAACUCAUGGAAGGCGGUGGAAUUUCGACUAUAAAAGGGUAUGCUUUCAUGCUAUGAGAAUCAUCUCUUCAUUUCGUAUUCAGAAACCAAUAAUCUUAUUUUCAAUAGAAUGGCUUAAGCUGCAAUCUUUUUUUUCCGAUUUGAAGACCGGAUGAUACUCCUCCAAAAUUCAAAUUCGGUUGCUCCAUUAUUAGGAGGCCAGGGAUGUCCGACGCGGUGGGAAACUUAUUGAACAAUAUCUUAUGAACAUUUUUGUCAUACAAAAUUAACGAUAAACUUAUAUAUAAUAUAUCCAAACUACAUAAACUUAUUGGAUCUAUAAAAAUAUGAGAAAUAUCUUAUAAAAAUAUGAGCAAUAUCUUAUAAACAUUUUUUCAUAUAUAACUAGAUUUUGACCCGCGCUUUCAAAGCGCGGGAUCGUUUCUUUUGUAAAAUUUCAUUUAAAUUAAUAAAUAUUUGUCUAAUCUAUAUUUUAAUAGAUUUUU